CGCGGUUUCUGGAGCGGAUUGGAACCCGGAGUCAGGAUUCACUGAAUGUGUAGACGUUUGAAAAACAGAUGUGAAAACACGUUAACACGUUUCAUCUCUGAUGUGUCAGAAUGGCUGAAGAGACACCAGAUGAGUUUGUUUGGUGUGAUGACUGCGGGCAGUACCAUGACUCUGAAUGUCCUGAACUAGGACCCGUCAUCACGGUGAAAGACUCAUUUGUUCUGAGUCGGGCACGGUCCUCUUUACCGGACAGCCUGGAGAUCAGACCUGCUGAGGAGGGUAGUGAGGGGGUGUUUGUGCUUCAUCGGCUUGUUAAGCGAACUCGAUUUGGGCCCUUUGAGGCCAAAAGGGUUCCCAGCCUUCAAACAGAAGGGGCAUUUCCUUUAAAGAUAUUCCAGAAGGACGGCUCAGUGGUGUGUUUUGACACAUCCAAUGAAGAUGACUGUAAUUGGAUGAUGAUGGUUCGACCUGCCACAGACCACAAACACCAGAAUUUGACGGCAUACCAGCAGGAUGACGAUGUUUACUUCAACACGUCACAGGAUGUUCUGCCUGGAGCUGAGUUGAAAGUCUGGUAUGGAGCAUUUUAUGCCAAGAAAAUGGAUCGGCCCCUUCUUAGGCCACCUGUGCUUCCACCUCCACAAGAAAUGGUUUCUAAAAUACCUGUUCCCCUGGGACCCACAACAGUUCAUCCAGAGAUACUUCCUGCUCCAGACCAGCUCAUUGGUCAGAUCCAACAGGUUAAAACACCUCCAGCAUCCACCACAGAAGCUCCUGACCAGCAAAUGGCAGAAGCUGGACCCCUGGGUAACACUCUACAAAGUGCUCCGACCCCCACGGAGCCGAUCAAAAAACAAGGCAGACCGCGGCGAACCAGAGCUCAGAAACCCGUAACAAUAGAUGUCAAUAAAGAAACCCCUGUUGAUGUGUCCGCUGAGCAUGGUCUCAAUCCUGUGGCUCCAGAUCUUCAUCUGCCUGUUCUGGAUGUCCAGGAGCUCAUGACUGAUGGAGACCGCCUGUCCGUCAAAACCCCCCGGAUGACACGUCCCUCCAUCUCUUCUGGAAAAACUGGAAUUAAGAAACGGUCCCUGCGUCAGGGUGGAGAUCAUAAGCGGGUUUAUCAGUGCUGCCACUGCAAUAAGGUGUUUCAGAACAGUAGCAACCUUAACAGACACAUCCGUUCCCACGGUGAUAAGUGUUUCAAGUGUGAAGAGUGUGACAAGAUGUUCAGUCGAAAGGAGAGUCUUAAACAGCAUAUUUCAUACAAACACAGUAAGAAUGAGCCUGACAAAGAGUACAAGUACAAAUGUUCGACUUGUGAAAAAUCCUUCAGAGUGGAAAACGCCUUAAAAUUUCAUAACUGCAGGACGGAUGACAAAACGUUUCAAUGUGAGAUAUGUUCUAGAUUUUUCUCCACUAAUAGUAAUCUGUCCAAGCACAAGAAGAAACAUGGAGAAAAACUCUACGCAUGUGAGAUUUGCAACAAGAUGUUCUACCGCAAAGACGUCAUGCAAGACCACCAGAGGCGGCAUGUUGUUGGGCCAAAGAACAUGAAAAAAGAGGAGCUUGAAGCCAACGGGGAGGAAGGAAGCAAAUACAGGAAGGAGCCUUCAGCAUGUCCCAUCUGUGGCAAGGUGUUUUCCUGUCGGAGUAACAUGAACAAACACUUACUGACUCACGGGGAUAAAAAAUACACCUGCGAGAUCUGCGGUCGAAAGUUCUUCCGGGUGGACGUCCUGAGAGAUCACAUCCACGUGCACUUCAAGGACAUCGCUUUAAUGGACGAGGAUGAGAGACAGGACUUCAUUAGGAAGAUUGGCAUCUCUAUGGAGGAAAGUGAUGAGAGUUCCGAGGAAGAAGAUGAGAAGAAUGAUCCAGAACAUCACAAAUACAGCUGCAAGAAAUGUCAGGUGACAUUUUCAAAGGGUCGAGACUACAUGAAACACAUAAUGGGCAUGCAUAAGGAGAAAGGCUACAACUGUACCAUGUGCAAUCGCCGUUUCGCCCUGAAGGCCACAUACAAUGCUCAUCUGGUCAUCCACCGAGACCACCUGCCUGAUCCUUCAGUGCACAAGUAUAUUCAUCCGUGUGAUAUGUGUGGUCGGAUCUUCAACAGUAUCGGAAACCUGGACAGACACAAAAUCAUCCACACGGGAGUGAAGAGCCACUGCUGUGAUCAGUGUGGAAAGUCCUUCGCCAGAAAAGACAUGCUUAAAGAACACCUGAGAGUCCAUGAUGACGUCCGAGACUACCUGUGUGCAGAGUGCGGGAAGGGCAUGAAGACAAAACAUGCCCUUAGGCAUCAUAUGAAGCUACAUAAAGGAAUUAAAGAAUAUGAAUGUAAAGAAUGUAACCGCAAGUUUGCCCAGAAAGUCAACAUGCUGAAACAUUACAAAAGACACACAGGAACAAAAGACUUUAUGUGCGAACUCUGCGGGAAGACGUUUAGUGAGAGAAACACUAUGGAGACACACAAACUCAUUCAUACAGUGGGAAAGACAUUUUCCUGCUCCGUCUGUGAUAAGAAAUACGUAACGCAGUACAUGCUACAGAAACACAUGCAGUUGACUCAUGAGAAGGUGGAGGCUCAGAGCUGUCACCUGUGCGGCACUAAGGUUUCCACACGCGCCUCCAUGAACCGCCACAUGCGCCGCAAACACCCUGAGGUGAGUUGGCAGAUCGUGACUGUAAGGUUGGGUGAAUUUGACGAAAUGCAGGAACCUUCAACAAUCGACGCCUCCACCAUCAAUAUCACGCAGACCUCUCUGACGCCCGAAAAAGCCCACCGGGAUUCCAAUCCCGGCAAGAAGAGGCCAAAACUCUUACCUCAGGAGCCUGAGCUUUCCGAUUCAGACGUUGAGUAUGUGGAUUUCAACAACAAAACCGCUGAGUUCACAGCCAACGUGGGAGAUGAAACCAGUUCUGCUGUGCAGAGCAUUCAGCAGGUGGUGGUGUUGGCUGACCCCAGCGCCCCUCCAGCCCCCUCUCCCUCCAGUUCUGUCGGUUUGACCAACAUCACCGUGACCCCCAUCACCACGCCUGCUCCCUCCCAGUUCAGCAACCUACAGCCCAUUGCCGUCGGACAUCUUACCCCGAGUGAUCGACCGCUCACACUGGAUAGCUCUAUACUCACCGUUACCUUUGAUACAGUCAGCGGUUCAGCCAUGCUCCACAAUCGACCGGCCGACCUCCAGACAGAGACGGUGGGGGCCGCAGGGGCCACGGGCCCCCAGUCGGUUGCGCAUUUUAUCAACCUCACCACAUUUGUCAGCCCGAUAUCCCACCAGCUGGAACAACCCGGUCUCACGUGGAGGACCGUUGGCCCGCCUGAUGGAGCUCAUGCCACUACCAUAGACGAUUCCCAACCAGACACUUCCCAGGGACCUUCAGAACAGUCACAAUCGAUUUCAGAACAAAACCAUCAGAUCCAGUCAGAGGUCACUGGACCUGGCCAGCAACAGCCAACCGCAGCACCACAGAUGUUCAGCUACUGAGAAAUGGGGUGUAAUGUACAGUUUUGGAAGAUUUAGUUAAGACGAUUAUUUUGGACCAAGUUUUUGGAAGGAGCAUGCAGUCAAUUAAGUUUAUGGGAAACCAGUGGAUCGUUUUAGCACAUUGGUGUUGUUACAAAGAUUUUUUUAAGAAUAAUUAUAUAUUUUUUUAUUGAACGCAUGAAAGGAGUGAUCAUGAUCACAUUAUAAUAGUAGCAUAAAAUUCAUCUGUGAUGAACGUAAAAGACAAUGAAAUGUUAUGUUGCUUUUGAACUUGAGCCAAAGUAGAUCCUUUGUUAUCGUCAUAGAGAAACUGCAUGCACUGGCUAUCAAUUUAAAGGUUUACAUUACCCAAAAUGUCUUAGUCUGUGAAAAUUAGGACUUAAAAUAUAUUUGUAGAACAACCUCAUUUUGUACCACCUGUGGAUAAUGUUGUUGGUGGAUUGCAAUGCUAACUGGAAAUAUUUUCUGUUGUCUUUUUUUAUCUGCUUUGAGUGCAUGCUUCAGAAAUUAAAGCAAA